AUACACGAGCCGUUCUCCGCCAUCUCCGUUUCCCUCUUUUCCUCUCACUGCUGCUGUUGCUGCUCUCCUCCGCUCUCUCGCCGGCCUUUCUUCUUCGCGGCGUGUGAUCGAUGGGGACGCUGGGGAGGGCGAUCUACACCGUCGGAUUCUGGAUCCGGGAGACCGGCCAGGCCAUCGACCGCCUCGGCUGCCGCCUCCAGGGCAACUACCUCUUUCAGGAGCAGUUGUCGAGGCAUCGCACACUCAUGAACAUAUUUGACAAAGUACCGAAUGUACAUAAAGGUGCCUUUGUGGCUCCAGGCGCAUCUGUUAUUGGUGAUGUCCAAGUAGGCCAAGGAUCAUCAAUUUGGUAUGGAUGUGUUCUCCGAGGUGAUGUUAACAGCAUCCAUGUCGGAUCUAGCACAAACAUACAAGAUAAUUCCCUGGUGCAUGUGGCAAAAUCUAAUCUAAGUGGGAAGGUCCUACCAACUAUAAUUGGAGAUAACGUCACAAUAGGUCAUAGUGUUGUCUUGCAUGGAUGCACUGUUGAGGAUGAAGCAUUUGUUGGAAUGGGUGCUGUCCUGCUUGAUGGAGUUGUCGUGGAAAAACAUGGAAUGGUUGCUGCUGGAGCGCUUGUAAGGCAGAAUACAAGGAUCCCGUGUGGAGAGGUAUGGGGAGGAAAUCCUGCAAGGUUCCUGAGGAAACUAACUGAAGAAGAGGUGGCUUUUAUUUCUCAGUCUGCUACCAACUAUACCAACUUGGCUCAGGUGCACGCUGUGGAGAAUGCCAAGUCUUUCGAUGAGAUCGAGUUCGAGAAAGUACUGCGCAAGAAGUUUGCUCGCAGGGAUGAGGAGUAUGAUUCGAUGCUUGGAGUGGUCCGCGAAGUUCCUCCUGAGCUGAUUCUUCCUGACAACGUCUUGCCAGACAAAUCUCCCAAGCCUUCACACUAGGAUAGGAUUAUUAGGCUGAGACAGUCAAGUUUGGUGGUUUAUGUUUUCUUAUGCCAUCCAAUAAUUUCAGGUUGGGCUCUUCUGUAGGGUCGACCACCUCACUCUCGGUACUCUGUUCAUCUUUUGUCCCUUUUUUAAUUAUAAUCCUAAAUUGCUUCCA